AUGAAUCCUCAAAUUAUUUGUCUCGUCGUUCUUCUGACCGUCGGAUUUUCGCAUGGCCAGUCUUCGAUAUUCAAUCAGUUCAAUCCAAUUGCAGAGAACUCUCCGGCACAAAAUGACAGUUCAACUUCUCAAAAUGUCAACGCAACUAAUUCACCCAAUGAUCAAAAUCAGCAACAGCAACCAAAUAUGGGUAAAACUUUCGAAGAAAACAACGAAACUAUAAAAAAAACCAUGAACUCAAUGAUGAACGUCGGAAAAGCCCAAGGUGAUGUCUUUAAAAAUAUAGCUGAUACAGGAAUGAAAAUAGGAAAUUCUUUUCCGCAAUUCGGCUCAAAAUUUAUGGGACAGAUGAGCAAGAGUAAUAGCCAAAAAAACGGACCCUUGGGAGGUUUUGGAUUCUUUAAAUAA